CAGCAGCCAGCAGGCUGCCAGGCGCCUUGCAGCACGCAAAGGGACGCGAUGGGGAUGGACCAUCCUUAGCACCACGCAGAAGGACAGAGCCUGCGCAUCCGUGGAAUGGUGCUGAACAUGGGGGGAAAUGGAAAGCCUCCCCAGAAGCUGAUGCAAGCAGGCUUGCAGUGAAGCGCAGCCUUGCAGGAAGCCAGACGAGGAGUAUGGAGUGUGGCACAGCACCAAAGAGAGGGAGAGGUGCUGAGCCGAAUGGCAAAAUCUACGUGAAAGCUUCUCUCCAGACUGGAGGGCUUCCUGGAACAGCAGGUCCCAGCACAGGGGGAAGAGCUUCCCCUGCAGUUGACAGCCACCCACUCUACAAGACCAUGGCUGCAAGAAAGCGCAAGGGAGUGGAAGAAGAGGAGCAAAAAGCAGAGCUGUGGCCUGCCAAGAAACUAGUGAAGGUGAAGCACAAUGGGGAGAAGGCUCAGAGCCCACAUCAGAGCAGAGGCGGUGUGCCAGCUCCAGCAGCACACCCUGGGCCUGCCCCAGCGCUGACUGGGCAGUUCUGGACCUCAAAGCAAAGAGCAAGACAACGACGACAGAAACAGAGGAGAGCGGAAAUGAAGAAGGCUGCUCUGAGAGCUGCCGCUGCAUGUGCAGAGUCCUCCACAAUGAACAGCCUUGUGGAGAUGAUGGAGAAGCUGCAGCUGAAGGACUGAGUGGAGGAACAUCAGAAGGCAGCGGCUUCAUGGCAGCAGCCCAGCUUGGCACUCUGAUUGCAGUCCAUCAACAAUUGGAGUUUUGUAUUCACAAAGAGCACAUGGCCUGAUUGGUCCAGCAGCACUCAGUGAGCUGCUGCACCACCUCCUCGUUAUUCCACUCGCGGCACUGGGUCAGAACUCCCACAGCUCCAUCAGGGAAUGCUGCAGGUUAUUGAAGCAGUGGAUGCACCAGUCCUUGGCCCUGCCCAUAAACACACUGUCUGCAAACACACUGUCGUGCGAGUAGCACGGCCUGAGCACAGGCGCGCUGAGUUAGAGAACGGCUCCAUAGAGCUGCCUGAGUUUCUCGGGGCAGCACUGAGCAUAAGUGAGCGUGUGCCCCUCACCCUGCAGGCAUCUCUGUUGGGGAAAGAGAGGCUCCACCGGCCGCCUGAUCCCGGAAGGCAGAGGUGUUCUCCUGACUUCUCUGCAGUGCUACCUUCCUUCAUCAUCCCCCCUCUCUUCAGCCACUUUGAUGCUUCUUUUCACCUUGGGGGUGAGCUUGAGUGACUCUCAUCGCUGCAUGGCUUCGUACUGAGUGGUGUGGAAUUUUCUAGCUUUGCUUUUAAAAGCCUAAGCUGAAAACUGUAGCGUGCAUGUUAAAUGUGGGGUUGUAGCACUAUGGAAGUGGAUCACUUUUGGGAUGGAGCUGCUUUUGGUUUUCUAACAAGUGUGUAAUGAGCAAAGUUCGCCAACAGGGCCUGAAUUUGCUCUCACCUUCUUUCUCUCUGCUCUCCUGCUCUCUGCACGCGACCUCCCACUUCUUCCAUCUUUAGUUCUUCUGUUGAACUCCUACCUUAUUUCUCUUCCUUUCUUGCUUUGGAAUCCCUUCUCUGAUACACCCUCGCUUCUCUUUUCUGUCUUUUCUAACUUCUCUCUGCUGCCUUCCUCUCCUCUAUUUUUUCCUGUACUUUUCUCUUUUCUCUGCACCAUUAUUUCUAUUCUUCCACCUUCUGCACUUCCGUGCUCUUCUGUUCCCUCCUCUCAGUUCUCCCUUGCCCGUUCCUUCUCUUUUCCUAUUCUCCUCCUCACUUUUCUACCCUGUUUCUGCUUUACCUCAUCCCGCUGCUGCGGUGGCUCAUAUACUCUGAAGUUCUUCUUCCUUAGUGCUAUCCUCUCCUCUUCUGCUGGGUGAUUCUUCCCUUUGUCCUCACUCCUCUUCAGCUGGUGAUUAGUUCUCCCAGUAGUGGCUCCUACUGUGCCAUUCUUUCUUGUCUGUAAUUCUCACUCUUCCUUCACCUGCACUCAUCUUCUGCUGUUCGUUCUUCUUUCUAUCCUCUCUCCUCUUUCUUCUGCAUUUCAACUCUACUUCUGCUGUUCUUCUUACUGUUUCCUCCCUGUGCUCCUCUUCUGCAUGUGCGCUCCUCUUCUGCUGUUUCUUUUUUUCCCCUGCUUCCUCUCUCCUCUUUCAUCAGCAUCAGCUCUACUCUUGCGCUCUUCUUUCUUCCCUCUAUCCUCGCUCUUUCUUUUGCAUCUGCACUUCUCUUAGGCUCUUCCUUCUUCCCUGUACCCUUCAUGUUCUUUCCUCUGCAUUUUCACACUUCCUCUCUUGUCCUUUUUCUUCAAGGCCACACCACCACUCUUCCUUCCUCAUCUAUCCCUCCUGAAGAUGCUGUAGCCAUCCAUCUCUGUUCCAUCCAUCUCCACGACAGCACAGUCAUGGGAGUGGUCCCACCAUGUUUUGGUAAUAGCAGCUCGGUCAUAGUUAGCCUGCCGCACAAUCACUGCCAGCUCCUCCUGCUUGUUGCCCAUGCUGCGUUCAUUGGUGUAGACGCACUUCAGUUGAGUCAUCUGCCUCACCCCCAGCUCAAGUAUCAUUUCCCUGGGCUCAUCUCUUGUGAGCCCUGUUUUGUCCCCUUCCCCCAUUGUAGCUAGUUUAAAGCUCUCCAAUAAGCCCCACUAGCUCCUACACUAGAAUUCGUUGCCCCCUUUGAGAUAGGUAGGUUCCAUGGAUGGACAACAGGCUGGGGGCUGAGAAAACUGCCCCAUGAUCAAAGAACCAAAAGUUUCUGGCUUGACACCAGCCUCUGAGCCAAUUACUCAUCAAUUGUGCUUUCUAAGCCUGCUCCGUGUCCCUCACUGCCCCUGAAGGCAUAGAACAGAAAAUCACUUGAGCUCCUGCUCCUUGAACUAAACGCCCUAAACCCUGAAAUCUCUUUUCAUAGUUUGUAGGUUUCUCUGAGCAGUUUAAUCACUGCCAACUUCAACUGUGAGUAAAGGAAAAUAAUCAGCAGACCUAACCAACUUUGGGAGUUUCCUGGCUUUGUCCCUGAGCCCAGGAAGGCAGCACACUUCCCCACGGUUUGGGUUUGGUCUGCAAGUGGGACCCUCUGUUCCUCCGAGAAGGGAGUUGCCCACCACAACCACCCUUCUUUCUUUCCUGACAGUAUAUUUGGCCUGCCUGGCUCACCAAGUGUGUAAACAACGAGUAUACAGAUGUAUAAUCAAUAAUGAUACAGAAAAUUUAGGCUGGAAAGAUUAUCGCGUCAGAAAGGAAUAAUCAGAAAUGAAUGGAAAGCUUACCUGUGACCUGGAUUCAGUGGCACCCAAUGUUACCCAUUGGCACCCAGUGUCAUCCAGUGGUACCCAGUGUCACCCAUUGGCACUUAUUGGCACCCAUUGCCACUCAGUGUCACCCAAUGUCUCCCUGUGUCCUCCAUUGCCACUCAGUGGCACCCAGCAUCACCAAUUGGCACCCAAUGUCUCCCAGUGGCACCUCAGUGUAACCAAUGGCACCCAGUGUCACCCAACAGCACUCAUUGGUACCCACUGUCAUCCAGUGU